AUGAUUCAUUCGCCUCCCACCAGCGCGUCCCCGAACAGCCGUGCUCCAACCGAAUUUCCACAACCCUAUUCUCCGCAAAGUCGAACGGCUCCUUUGCGCAAACCGACGACGACGGGUUUCAAUCCCGGUGGACAAGUACCACAUGGCUACUCCUACCUCACCAGAAGUCACAGCCUAGUCACGCCCACCAGGCGUGUUCCCAAGGGCAUGCAGCCGGAAGUUGCUCCCGCUGGGUCCCCUACGCUUCAGCAUUCUGCUAGUCGCACCUCGCUGGACUCUGACAGAGCCGUCGCAUCAAAUUUGCCAUCGCAGACGGGCCAUGCUACCCUCGCACGAUCCAACACUGUGCCAUCCGCGCUCGUCUCACACACACCAACCCAUCAUAGAGCUGUCAAGGAUAUGAAGGAAGUAGCCGAGGAGCUACCAUCCAACCCCAAAACGUGGACCUCCUCUCACGUGGCGUACUACCUGACCUCUCUGCUGCAUCUCGUGCCUGCACCCAUCGUUCAAGACGUGACGCUCUUUGUUCAGCGCUCCUCCAUCACUGGACGCAUCUUUUUGCGUCUCCGUGAAGAAGAUUUGGAAUCGUACGGGCUGAAUCCUCGCUGGCGCAAGUUGAUCCUGGAAGCGGGCAAGAAACUUCGUCGGGAUUGUCUCAAAGGACGCUUGUGGAGCGUUCAGGGGCCCAUUCCCAUCGAUUGGCCCAGAGACGAGGAGGCUCACGAAGCUUUUUUGCACAAUCAGGAAAAGGAGAAUGCGGCAAAGGCAGAUGUCAAGGGGAAGCAUCUGAACACGCUCAGAAGACUCAAGGACAAGAAGAGGGUCACGAGGAUGAUCAGGGAAUUUGAGAGCGCUAGCGAAGAAUCUAGCGCUUCGGCUGCGGAAGAUGAGGAGUACGUGGCCCUCGGUCGUCCCAGACGCUCUCGCGAAGGGCAUGGGAGUGGCGAAAGAUCCUCGAGCGGUUCGUUUGAGCUUCAUCCGGACGAGGUGCCCGACUCGCCGAGGGUUCGACUGGCGAGAGCCAUCUCCCAAAAGGGCCUCGUAAAGAGACGCAUGGAAAGCUUCGAUUCGCUCCGAGAUGAAGCUGAGCAACAGGUCGCUCGAAGAAGCCCGUCGGAUGAGGCGCGAUCCACGAUCAAGCCGAGACGACAGGAGCAUAUUGCGGGUGAAUCUCAUGUGGACGAUCACGCUCCACAAUCUCUCGGCUUCAAUGGGCCGCAGCGAGACGCUCUGGUCGAUAUCGAGGAUGAAAGUGACGAGAUGGACGCGCACCAAUUGCAGGCCAUUUUGGACACGAAUCCGCCCAGUUCCCUUUCAGCGGACAGCGAGAGCGAGGCGGAGCAGGGCAAGGAAGGUCAGACUUCGAGCGAUCGAGCUUUCUUGGACGCUGUGGCGGAUGUCAUGAGGGCCUACCAAGCCGAGCAGGCGCUCGAAGCUUAUCAUCCAGCUCUAGACCACGAUGAGGAAUCUGCGCAGCAUGCGACCCAUGCGUACGAUCAGAGAUCGAGCAUGAGGAAAGAAGCAUCGGCGGAUGGAUCUGAAUCUACUGCUUUUUCGAUCGAAUCGGGACUCAGCAAAUUCGAGGAGUCGACUAGGAACAGGCAGCUUUCCGAAGAGGCAUGGGAAGCUGAAGAGACUUCUGUGCACGUCUCAGCACCCGGGGAUGGAGAAAAGGUAUUAGACUCAGACACUGUCAAGCCCUUCGCCGCUCCCGCAGAGAGGUUCGGCGCAACUUUGAACGCCCUGUUCCCUGCUCCCGCGCCCGAUGGAGCCGCUUCGGAAGGUCCGACAGACUUGCAGGAUUCUCUCGACCCAAUCGCGACGCUUGCACCUUCUCGACGUGCCCGACCUCAGACCAAAGGUAACCCGUAUCGAGCUUCUACCUAUGCUCCGGAAGAUUACGACGCGCUGGGCUUUGAGGCUGACGGCAACGCGCAUGGUAGCGUGAGGCAGAGCAGUGUCAAUCUCACAGGUUCUGUCAGAUUUGGCACCGCAAGAAGGAGCAGACCUCCUCCUCCUCCUUUGCCAGUGCCAGAGCCGAUGCCAGCGCCCCCACUCGCGCACGCUUGUGACACCCCCGCUGCGGACGAUGUGGACGCGUUGAAAGCGCAAGACGAGGUAACAUCGUCUGCUCCGCUUCCCUCUGGUUACUGGACCUCAUCCGGAUCGACAGCGAUGGAUGUUGCCUCUCCUGUCUUCCCGGUGGGCUCUCAAGCUCCGCAGGAACAGACGCGCAGAAGGUCCACAUCUGCAGCGGACAUCAUCGGUCGCGGAACACUAGGACGGAAGAGCGCGUUGAGCUUGAGCAAGGUGGCUAGCAAGGACGCUCCGCUCGCUGCCGCUGCUUCGGGCAUGGGUCUGGGCUUCGGCAGUUUGGCCAUCAGCAAGCCCGAGGUGAAGGGUAAAGGAAUGCUUAGGGGUCUGUUUGACGAGCAAUCGCCCCUAAACACGGAAGUGUCCGAAGUUAGCGAGGAAGCUGAAAAGGCGGAAGACCCAAAAGCGACGGCGGGGCAAGUCGCUAGUCCGGCCGAAGAGACUACGCACGCACGCGAAACCUCUGCAUGCAACAAAGAGCCCUUGAUCCGCGUGCCUCUGACCACGCUCGACUUGGCUGACGAUGGCAAGGGAUCCAUUAAGAAGCGAUCCGUGGUGCUGGUCGAGAGGCGCAAAUUCGAGACGCUGGCCAAGCAGAUGGGCUUUGAGGAGUCCGAUUUGCAGAAUAUUCAAGAUGUACCGACUCUAUCCUCGAGCAGUGCUCAGCGAGAGGAGGAAGAGGCUUUGGUCGGCACGACCAACAUCUCCACGCUCUGUAUUGAUGAAAAGCGAACGGAGGAGGAAGGUACGAGCGGGAGCAAGCCUGCGAGCGCUAGUGCGACGCUCAAGAGCCUCUUUGACACUCCUACAGAGGAAGAAAAGAAGGAGUUGGAGAGGACGAACAAAGAAGCAGUGGAUGCCGAUUUGCAGCAAGCGCGUACUUCCCCACCAUCCACUCCGUCCACGCGACGAGAGCUGGAUGAGGUCUACGCUUAUCCUUACUCGCCCGCCGCGCUGCUGAAACGGCGAAGGGACAUGAACAUCAGCACGCGCUUCGACACGGCCCAGAGAAAGGCUGGAGAUGUGGUCGGAGAGUUGCAGGAGACAUAUGUCCCUGCGGAAGAGAGGAAUGCGGAAUUGGAACGAUUGAGCAAGGCUGUCGAGCCUGAGCCCGUGCUGCAUGCUCCCGAAAGCGAAGACGAUGUGCCGAUCGAAAGCUCAAAGGGAUGGCUGGAAAGCAUGCUGGGGCUCGGCGCUAUUCCUAGCUACGCUCUCGGCUUGGGAGCUGGAAUCGGCUUCGUGCUCGUCUCUGAAGUGGUACAGAGAGCAGCGAGGGCGGGCCGGUGA